CGAUAAGGGCUGAAAUCAUUCCUGAUCUUUCAAUAGUAGUAUCGAUGUUUGUGCAACUCUGGGCGCAGCCAUCUUGGGAAACAAGUUGACUUCCAAAAUUAAUUUCCGCCUUCUUUCUCUUUCAUCGCAUCGUCUGAAGUGAACAGACGUCAUGUCUCAUCGUAAGUUCUCCGCGCCUCGCCAUGGCUCCAUGGCCUUCUACCCCAAGAAGCGCUCAGCACGCCAUCGUGGCAAGGUUAAGGCUUUCCCCAAGGAUGAUGCCAGCAAGCCCGUUCAUCUGACUUGCUUCAUCGGCUACAAGGCCGGUAUGACCCACAUUGUGCGUGAGGCUGACCGUCCUGGUUCCAAGAUUAACAAGAAGGAGGUCGUUGAGGCCGUCACCGUUCUGGAGACCCCACCCAUGAUUGUGGUUGGUGCCGUCGGUUAUAUCGAGACUCCAUUCGGUCUGCGUGCUUUGGUCAAUGUUUGGGCCCAGCAUCUGUCCGAGGAGUGCCGUCGUCGCUUCUACAAGAACUGGUACAAGAGCAAGAAGAAGGCCUUCACCAAGACCAGCAAGAAGUGGACCGAUGAUCUUGGAAAGAAGAGCAUCGAGAAUGACUUCCGCAAGAUGCUGCGUUACUGCAAGGUUAUCCGUGUGAUUGCCCACUCGCAGAUCCGCUUGAUUAAGCAGCGUCAAAAGAAGGCCCACAUCAUGGAGAUCCAGCUGAACGGUGGCUCAAUCGAGGACAAGGUCAAGUGGGCCCGUGAGCACUUGGAGAAGCCCAUCCAGGUCAGCAAUGUGUUCGGUCAGGAUGAGAUGAUCGAUUGCGUUGGCGUGACCAAGGGUAAGGGUUUCAAGGGUGUCACCUCGCGUUGGCACACCAAGAAGCUGCCCCGUAAGACGCACAAGGGUCUGCGCAAGGUCGCCUGUAUCGGUGCCUGGCAUCCGUCCCGUGUGUCCACCACUGUGGCACGUGCCGGUCAGAAGGGUUACCACCACCGUACCGAGAUCAACAAGAAGAUCUACCGCAUUGGUGCUGGCAUCCACACCAAGGAUGGCAAGGUCAUCAAGAACAACGCCUCCACCGAGUACGAUCUGACCGAUAAGAGCAUCACCCCCAUGGGUGGCUUCCCCCAUUAUGGUGAGGUCAACAACGACUUUGUCAUGAUCAAGGGCUGCUGCAUUGGCUCCAAGAAGCGCAUCAUCACCCUGCGCAAGUCCCUGCUGAAGCACACCAAGCGCUCGGCUCUGGAACAGAUCAAGCUCAAGUUCAUCGACACCUCGUCGAAGAUGGGCCAUGGUCGCUUCCAGACCCCAGCCGACAAGCUGGCCUUUAUGGGUCCCCUCAAGAAGGAUCGUCUCAAGGAGGAGGCUGCUGCCACCACCAGUGCUGCUGCCGCCGCCACCGCCACCGCCUAAUCCAAAAUGAACUUUGUUGGUGUUUUGCCUGCCUCUACUACCGCCCUCUGCUGCGGUAGGGUAGCACUCAAUAAAAAGAGUUUUGAUUACGCCUAAGCUAAA